AUGGCGUCUGGCAACGACACUACCGAGAAUUCUCUAGGAUCCAACCAGCAGCGCUCACAUAACGAUUUGGAACGACAAUCCAAUCUCUAUUCAAAUGUGUCUGACCACAACGACAAUGCAAACACGCACAACACUUUCAUCUCCAAUGCUCUACAUACCAGCAGUCGGAGCUAUUACGGUGCAGAUGGCACGCAGUUGUCUACAGCUUCAAGCAAUUCCACAGCGGUAGCAUCCCCAGAAGUCCGGUCAAUCCAGGAUGUCACAAACGAACAACAAGCCAAAGAAACCAUGCCUGGAAACGCGGUUAUCACACCAUCUACCCCUGGCAAUGACUACCUUCAAAAGACGACAUCGGGAGACCCAGUUGAGGAACAUGUAGUUCUUCAAGACGACUCAUCCGAUUCGGAACAUGAAGCAGGCGAGCCAUCCAUCAAGCCUGCCGCUGUCGCCAAACGGCCUGGUCUGCAGUCAAAGAACUCCAGACCCAUGACAGAAGACGACCUGUUCCGCGCCCUGUCCCGACGAAUGACGAGUCAGAACAACGGCCUCGGCAAGUCUAACACUAAUGCUUCAGGGCGAAGUCAGGAGGAAGAAGAUGAGAUCAAUAAACUCAUGUCGAAGAUGUUCGGGCGUACUAGACAGGAGGCAUCAGAAGAAGAGAAGACCCGGCAUCAAGGUGUUAUAUUUAAACACUUGACAGUCAAGGGCAUGGGCAUUGGAGCAGCUUUGCAGCCAAGUGUUGGAGAUAUCUUCCUGAACCCAGUUCGGCUCAUCAAGAACCUUGUAACCAAGGGGCCGCGUCAGGCAGCCGGAAAGCCCCCCAUUCGAACUCUUCUCGACGACUUCUCUGGAUGCAUAAGACCUGGUGAGAUGGUUCUGGUCCUCGGAAGACCGGGAGCUGGUUGCUCCACAUUUCUCAAGAUGAUCGGUAAUCAACGGUAUGGAUUCGAAGAGAUCACAGGCGAUGUCUCGUACGGUGGCACAGAUGCCGACGAGAUGGGCAAGAAGUAUCGUUCAGAGGUGCUUUACAAUCCCGAGGAAGACCUCCAUUACGCGACACUAAAGGUCAAAGACACAUUGCGAUUUGCUCUGAAGACAAGAACACCUGGCAAAGAAUCACGAAAAGAAGGCGAGUCUCGCAAGGACUACGUAAACGAGUUUCUUCGUGUGGUUACCAAACUCUUCUGGAUUGAACACACACUGGGUACAAAGGUCGGUAACGAAAUGAUCCGUGGUGUCUCAGGUGGUGAGAAAAAGCGUGUUUCAAUUGCAGAGGCCAUGGUCACAAAGGCUUCAGUACAAUCUUGGGAUAAUUCGACGAAAGGCCUCGACGCGAGUACUGCUCUCGAAUACGUCCAAAGUCUGCGUUCCCUUACGAACAUGGCUCAAAUCUCUACUGCCGUAGCGCUCUACCAAGCAGGUGAGUCUUUGUAUGACCUUUUCGACAAAGUUCUCCUUAUCCACGAGGGACGAUGCUGCUACUUUGGACCUACCGAGAAGGCUGCAGACUACUUCAAGAACCUAGGCUUUGUUCAACCCGAGCGUUGGACUACUAGUGACUUCUUGACAUCCGUCACAGAUGACCACGAGCGACAAAUCAAGGAAGGCUGGGAGGACCGCAUUCCCCGCACCGGUGCGGCUUUCGGCGAAGCAUUCCACAACAGCGAACAAGCCAAUGAUAACCUUGCUGAGAUUGAAGAGUUUGAGAAGGAGACCAAGCGACAGGCCGAAGAACGUCACGAGGCCCGCACCAAGGCUACGAAGAAGAAGAACUUUACCAUCUCGUUUCCAGCCCAAGUCGUUGCCUGUACCGAUCGCCAAUUCCGUGUAAUGGUGGGAGAUCCGCAAUCUCUCAUCGGAAAAUGGGGAGGCUUCUUUUCAACGCCCUUCUCGCCCUCGCCGAACUUACCCGCCUACGCGAUUGCGCAAACCCUGAUCGACAUGCCCCUGGUGCUAGUUCAAGUUUUCAUCUUCGAUAUCGUGGUUUACUUCAUGGCGAACCUGCAACGAACAGCAUCUCAGUUCUUCAUCAGCUUACUCUUCCUCUGGAUCAUUACAAUGACCAUGUAUGCUUUCUUCCGAGCUAUUGGUGCCUUGGUAGGAUCCUUGGAUGUUGCAACUCGAAUUACUGGUGUUGCCAUACAAGCACUCGUCGUAUAUACUGGUUACCUGAUUCCUCCAGCGAAGAUGCAUCCGUGGUUUUCAUGGCUAAGAUGGAUUAAUCCUAUCCAAUACGGCUUCGAAGGUCUCCUAGCAAACGAAUUUUACAACCUGGAGAUUCAAUGUGUGCCUCCGUUCAUCGCGCCGCAGAUUCCAGGCGCGCAGGAGCAGUAUCAGUCUUGCGCAAUUCAAGGUAAUACGCCUGGAUCUCUUACGGUCUCUGGCCCAGACUACAUCUCGGCAGCCUUUGGCUACAGUAGGUCGCACCUGUGGCGCAACUUUGGUUUCAUCUGUGCCUUCUUCCUCUUCUUUGUCGCACUCACCGCGUUUGGUAUGGAGAUCCAGAAACCAAAUAAAGGCGGAGGUGCUGUAACAAUCUACAAGCGCGGUCAGGUGCCGAAGACUGUUGAGAAGGAGAUGGAGACUAAGACUUUGCCCAAGGAUGAAGAAGCUGGUAACAGUGAGCCAGUUAGCGAGAAACACUCCUCCAGUGACAACGACGACUCUGACAAGACGGCUGAAGGGGUAGCGAAGAACGAGACUAUCUUUACAUUCCAAGACAUCACCUACACCAUUCCAUACGAGAAGGGCGAACGGACGUUGUUGAAGGGUGUACAAGGUUUUGUCAGGCCUGGCAAGCUUACUGCCUUGAUGGGUGCUUCAGGUGCCGGCAAGACGACACUGUUGAACACCCUCGCUCAGCGCAUCGACUUUGGCGUCGUUCGUGGAGACUUCUUGGUCGAUGGGAAGCCAUUGCCUCAUAGUUUUCAACGCAGCACCGGUUUUGCAGAGCAAAUGGAUGUACACGAAUCAACGGCGACAGUACGCGAAGCACUUCAAUUCUCAGCACGGUUGAGACAACCUAAAGAGGUACCUAUCCAGGAAAAGUACGAUUACGUUGAGAAGAUCAUAGACUUGCUGGAGAUGCGCGAUAUCGCUGGAGCAGCUAUUGGUACCGCUGGAAAUGGACUCAACCAAGAGCAGAGGAAGCGUCUGACCAUCGGUGUGGAGCUUGCAAGCAAACCUGAAUUGCUAAUGUUCCUUGAUGAGCCUACAUCUGGCUUGGACUCUGGUGCUGCUUUUAACAUCGUCCGGUUCUUGCGCAAGCUCGCGGAUGCUGGACAAGCGAUUCUUUGCACGAUUCAUCAGCCCAGUGCUGUUCUAUUUGAGCACUUUGACCAGCUCCUGCUUCUCAAAUCUGGAGGUAGAACGGUUUAUUUUGGUGAUCUAGGCCACGACUCGCAGAACCUUAUCGAGUAUCUUCAGAACAAUGGUGCCGAGAAAAUCGGCCCCAAGACUAACCCUGCCGAAUACAUGCUGGAGGCUAUAGGUGCUGGCAAUCCCGACUAUAAGGGCCAGGACUGGGGUGAUGUCUGGGAGAAGAGCCCGGAAAACGAAAAGCUGGGCAAGGAGAUACAGGAGAUCAUCGCCAGCAGACGUGACGCAUCGAAGAACGAUGAAGCUCGUGACGACAGAGAAUAUGCGAUGCCAUAUAUUCAGCAAUGGCUUACAGUUGUCAAGCGAAGUUUCGUGGCGAUUUGGCGAGACCCUCCAUACGUAUCAGGUAUGGUCAUGUUGCACAUCAUCACUGGAUUGUUCAACGGCUUCACUUUCUGGAAUCUCGGACAAAGUCAGAUCGAUAUGCAAUCACGACUCUUCUCCAUCUUCAUGACCCUCACUAUUGCGCCUCCUCUGAUCCAGCAACUACAACCCCGCUUCAUCAGCGUGCGUGGCAUCUAUGAGUCCCGCGAAGGCAGCGCUAAGAUCUACUCCUGGACGGCGAUGGUAUGGGGUACCAUACUUAGCGAGUUACCAUACCGUAUCGUCGCUGGAACCAUUUACUGGUGCUGCUGGUACUUCCCACCCAGCUUUCCUCGCGAUACGUAUACCGCGGCGAGUGUUUGGCUCUUCGUCAUGCUCUUCGAGAUCUUCUAUCUAGGCUUUGGACAGGCCAUCGCCUCUUUUGCCCCCAACGAGCUACUCGCGUCACUACUUGUGCCGCUGUUCUUUACUUUCAUCGUCUCCUUCUGUGGUGUGGUUGUGCCCUACAACGGACUACCCACAUUCUGGCAAUCUUGGAUGUACCAUUUGACGCCUUUCCGAUACCUACUGGAAGGGUUCCUCGCGCUACUUGUGCAAGGACAAGAGAUCAGAUGCGAGACUAACGAGUUGGCGAUCUUUCCACCCCCACCUGGCCAAGACUGUCAGACGUAUGCCGGUCAAUUCGCGCAGCAAGCGGGGGGUUAUGUCGAAGCCCAGCCAGACGGUACUUGUGGAUUCUGUCAGUACGCAACGGGCGACGCCUUCGCAGCUUCGUUCAACGUCUUCCCAAAGUCCAUCUGGCGCGAUUUUGGCAUUAUGUGGGCCUACAUCUUCUUCAAUUUUGCAGUCGUCUUCGUCUGCACUUGGCUCUACUUGGGCGGCCUGCGCCAGAUCAAGUCAUUCUUCAGCCCAGCGGCGCGCAAACAAAAAAAGGAGACGGCGAAGAAGAAGAAGACACAGAGCGGCGAUGCAGCUUGA